AUGGCUGCAAGGUACCGAGAUGUUGGUACGAAAGUAUACAUUGGUGACCUCCCUAGAGAGGCAUCUGAACGAGAACUAGAACGCAUAUUCCGGGAGUACGGAAGGUUGCGUAACGUAUGGGUUGCGAGAAACCCACCUGGUUUUGCUUUUGUUGAAUUCGAAGAUGCUGCAGAUGCCAGUGAUGCGGUGCGUGAACUCGACGGAACAGUCAUGUGUGGUGUCCGCGCCCGUGUUGAACUGAGCACUGGAAAGUCGCGACAGAAGCCGUGGGUACGUGGAGGUGGUGGUGCUCGUAAUGGUGGAGGACGUGACAAUGGAGUUGGUUCUCGCCGUAUGAAACCGUUUGACCCAACAGAUCGGUGUUACGAGUGUGGAGAACGCGGACAUUAUGCCUACGAUUGUCGUCGUCGGAGUGGUGGGCCGGGUGGUCCAAAUGGACGCAGCAGGCCUGAAGGCCGAAGAAGGUCGAGAUCUGUGUCAAACCAUAGAAGUUUCUCCCGAAGUCGCAGUCGUUAA